AUGCUCAUUCAACUCUCCAGGGCUUCGCGCGCUCGCUCCGCUGUUGCGGCUGUUUCUCGUGUCGCCAGACCCAAUGCCGUUCAGGUGAGGGGCUUCAUUGCUCCCACUGUCUCCCGGAAAGCCGACUUCGUCCAAGAGCUUUAUCUCAAGGAGCUCAAGGCCUACAAGAUCCCCGCCGUCAAGGAGUCCGAUGCUGAGGGCAACGUCCAGACCUUCAACGUCCCCAAGACACCUGCCUCCCCAGAGGAGACCGACCUCGCCGGCAACCUGAAGGAGUACGAGAGCAUGGCCGUUGAGAUUGAGGGCCAGGACAGCUCUGCCCAGUCUGGCACCCCCGAGGUUGCUGACUGGCUUGAGGCCGAGGAGGAGGAUGAGCCUCAUCACUAA